GGGCUCUAUGGAAGGAGAAAAAAAGACAACACGAGAAAAAUUAGUAUUUUCUACCUUCAGAAAUUAAUGGCCAUGAGUUCGUAUAUGGUGAACUCUAAGUAUGUGGAUCCUAAAUUUCCUCCUUGCGAGGAAUAUUUACAGAAUAACUACUUAGCUGAGCAGGGCUCCGACUAUUACAGUGCAUCGCAAGGCUCUGAUUUUCAGCAUCAGGGAAUCUAUCCACGGUCAAACUACAGCGAGCAGCCCUUUAGCUGUACCAAUGCCCAAGACUCUGCCGUACAGCCGCGGGGUCAUGGACAGGAGCAAUCCGGCCCACCGAGCCACUUCCCCGGUCAAGCAGAGCAUUGUCUGCCGCCUCCAAUAUCCAACUCACGAGCCUGCAGCCAGCAGCAAAACCUCAAAACCCCAAACGGGUCAGCAAUUAAACAGCCAGCAGUAGUUUAUCCCUGGAUGAAGAAAGUCCAUGUUAACUCGGUGAAUCCCAAUUACACCGGAGGGGAACCUAAACGCUCCAGAACAGCCUACACAAGGCAGCAAGUCCUAGAACUGGAAAAAGAAUUUCAUUUUAACAGGUAUCUGACUAGGCGUCGUCGUAUUGAAAUAGCCCACACUUUGUGUCUCUCUGAACGCCAGAUCAAGAUCUGGUUUCAGAACAGAAGAAUGAAGUGGAAAAAAGAUCACAAACUGCCCAACACUAAGGGUAGGUCUUCUUCAUCUGGUUCAAACCAACAUUUACAGACUGUUUCCAAGGACCAUCAGACUGACUUGACAACUUUAUAG